GAGUGUGUGGGGCGGAUGUUUUGAGGCAGUCUGUUCAUGCUUUUGGGUAAAUUUUAUUUUUAAACGAUAGCUGUAGUUUGGUUUGUAGUUGACGGCGUAGUACGUGUACCUUGCCGCUAUUUGUCUUUCAUGAAAUGUAAUUAGCCCUAGCAUGUAGCUAACGUUAGCAUGCUUCCGCAGUAAUACAAAGGGUGAAACGCAGGUAGUUAGCUUUAGCUUUUAAAAGCUUUGAAAAGAUGCUUCAACCACUUACAGUUUUACACUUAGUCCAUUUACGUUUGCUUUAAGGGAUAUCUUGUUAAAACGAAACCAGCAGAAUUAGAAAUAGCAACGGUUAUUUUAGUAACGUGACAAGUUGUGAUCCACAGUAGAGAUGAUUUUAACGAGUUACUGUUUGUGCCGGGGUCAUAGUCGUGACAGGACAUUUCAAAGCUGCUCAUUUUUCUGAGCAACAGGAUCUGCAGGAAAUCAACCUUCACAGCCCUCAAAAUACACAUCAGCAGCCAUGGAUUCACAGGCAACCCCACAGCCCGUCAUGUGCGAAGUCUGUGGAACAUACUUUGAGACACGACGAGGGCUCUCCAGCCACGCCCGCCUCCAUCUACGGCAGCUUGGUGUGACGUUGUCAGAAAGCAGCGGUGCUCCCAUAGAGCUCCUCUAUCAGCUGGUCCAGGAGAGAGAUGGCUCCCUCCCUGAUUUCAAAGCAGACUCUUCUACACCUGAGUCGACCCCUCUCAAAAAGACAACACAACAGGAGUCCAGGAGUCCUCCAGUACCGGAGGACAAGAGUUCCUCUUACAAGGCAGGUGUUAGAGUCACAACAACUCCACAAAAGAUGGAUCAUCAGGGAUCUCCAGUUAGAUUAAAAGAAUCAGCAGCCACUCUCCUCCCGUCAUCUCCUUCUGCUCUUAGGCUUACUGAAGGCGGCAGCUCGUCCACCUCGGAGCAUCAAACCGCAGCCAAGCCACUGUGGGCACCGCUGGAAACCGAUGCCCCUAUUACCUUAGACACCAACGACGAGGUCCACGUUUGCCAGCUUUGUGGCUGCUGGUACGAGACACGCAAAGGCCUGUCCAGUCAUGCUCGGGCCCAUCUGCGUCAGAUUGGAAUCCCUGACAGUGACAUUAAGGGCAGCCCGAUUGAUUUUCUUUACCAGAUCAUGGAGGAUGAGGACCUCAAGCCCAUCAUUAGCGAGCAACAGGAGCCACUCACCUCAGACAGUCCCCCUAGGUCCUCCUCCAAACGUGCCUCUGAUAUGUCCUCUCCACCUGCAUCUACCCCCAAAAAACAGCCUAAAAUGUCAGAGGAGUGUACUUGUAUUCUGUGCGGGGAGGAGUUUGAGAAUCGUAAAGGCCUGGCCAGCCACGCUCGCUCUCACCUGCGUCAGAUCGGGGUAACAGACUUGAUGGGGAAAAGCUCUGCAAUCGACACCAUCCAGGAGCUGGUCAACAGUGGCGUGUUAGAAGCCAUGCACCCUCCCAGAACAAGCUCAUCUGCUGUGCCACCUACAGCUCCAGCCUGUCCUGUAUCCCCGACUCUGUCACCAGGUCCGAGCCAAUCCCAGGCCCUGUUUCCCUCCACGUCCCCCUUCCCAAGCCCUGCGAAAAGCACUCAUUCUCCUCCAGCUCCUGUUAACAAGGCCCCAAAGGCUAAGAAAGGCUUUCGGCUAGCAGUGGACCCCCUUCUUAGGAAGCCCAAGCCUGAGCCUGUUGAGGUUGAGGUGUCUGUUCAGCAGAUGGCAUCCAGCACUAACAGCAGCUCUCCCACACAGAAGUCGCCCACCGCUGCUGCUGCUUCAAAGCCUUUCAGCGCAGUGUCCUCCACAGACAUACAGUCCCCACCAACAGUCCUUUGUGACUACUGUGGCCAGCUGUUUGACACCCGCAAAGCCUUGUCAUGCCACGCCCGUGCCCAUCUGCGUCAGCUCGGCCUCACCUGGUCGAUCAAAACAUCACCGAUUGACCUCCUCAAAGAGGUCAUGAUGCACGGUGAAGACGGCAGGAAAGGGUCUUCAGCAUCAGGCAAAGCCACGUGGACCCCUCAGAGCUCCAAAAGGUCCCUGGAUGGCUCCCAGUCGAGGGAACCAGCCUCAAGCAACUCCACCAUACCUCUUGAUUAUUCCAUGAAAGAGAAAUCCCCACCUGGCAAGAGCGGGGCCUCACACGUCGACACAUCCUGUGAGCUUUGUGGAUUUGAUUUUGAAAACCGCAAGGCCUUGGCCAGUCACGCGCGGGCCCACCUCCGACAGCUGGGAAUCAUCGAAUGGAAGGCAGACGGAGCGAGUUCGCCCAUCGAACUCCUCAGUGAGCUGAUCCGCAAGGACCCAGUCAAAGUGGCAGCAAUACAUCGACGCUACCGUACGGGAGACCUUUAUAUCAAGAAGUCCCAGAGAACUGCUGCUUCGCCGUCUCUGUCCACUGACUCUGACUCUGUGCCGGGUAGCAGCUUGAAGCCUGAGCACAAGUUGGGCCGAGAGGACUCGGGCGUCACUGCAGGCUCAUCCAGACAAUCACAAGGCCACACACGGACUCUUGCAUCCCAUGGCGACCUCAGUAUGCGCUCACCAAGAGGGGUCCAUCCACCAAAACACACAGUGCCUACAGGGGAAGAAAAUCAGGACACCAACUCCCAGCAGCCACCACGGUCCGGCAAUAUCCCUGCUCUGCUGCCAAAGCCCCCGCUAACACCACUGGUCAAGCUGGUGGGCAAAAUCUACUCCCUCAAGUGCAGGUUCUGUGAUGAAGUGUUUCACGGACCUCUGUCUGUUCAAGAGCAGUGGAUCACACACCUACAGAAACACAUCCUGUCACUGGGCUACAAGGGCAAAGCAUCUCCACCUGCUGCACCCGUGGCAGCUCCAGCUCUUGUGCAUCCAGUAGCUGUCUAGUCCACGAAACCUUUCACAUUAAACAAGGUCAUUUCUAUCAUCGCCAUGUCAGAGUCAAGAGGAAGUGUCCAUUUUGAAAUACCAUAUUGACAGUUAAGUGCAAGUUAGACGUCCCCUUCUCGUCCUUGAAAGGGCAAACAUGAGCCAUAUGAGGAAAACAGCAGAAUGUAAUCCACUCAGGUACAAUCCACUCGACACUAGAUCACAAAACUGAACACUGGAGGUUUCUGGAGAAAAAAAAAAAAAAAACAGGUCCACCCUCAUUUUGAUGAUCAGUGCUUUCCUCCUCCUGCUCCUACAUUCCUUCCACUUGUGCAAAUGUUAAAUGUGAUUCAGUGUUUGUCACUAACAGAUAACACAUCUCACGCUGAGAGAAUCCUGAUCCAGAUCUUGGCCAAAACAAGUUUCUCUUUUUGUUAUAGUCCUACUGAUUAGACCGGUAUGGUCGCCAUUUCACUGUGAUAUACUUUUUCUCCUUUAUAUGCCUUUGAAUUGAGCCUUGUUUUUAUAAAUGUACUUUUUAAGUGUUUUACUUUAAAUCUGGAAAGAUUUAAUUCUUCUUUUGACAAAUUGAACAUAUUUUAGAAUAGAACAACACGGAUACUAGAAAGUUAGACACAUAAUUUGUAUCCAACUGGUUUGACUUUGUUAUGUAAUGUCCUAAAAAUCAAUGCCUCAAACAUCUUUGACCUUAGACACACUGUGCUUCUGUUCUUGCCAUGUUCUUCAGGUACAACUGCCAAUCAUGAACUGUUUUUCUAGUCUUUUUACAUUUCUUUUUUUUAUCACUUAUGUAAAUUAAAUUCCGUCUUGUAUAAACAUUUAGUGUAUGAAACAUGAUUUUUUUUGUUUAUUUACAAAUGCCAUAAAAUUGAAAAUCAAUGGACGUGAGUCUGUUUAUUAGUUAAUAAUGACAAACACCCUGGACUUCACCAGCGGUCACAGGUAAUAGAUACAGUUUGUCCACAUUAGUGAUAGAUAUACUUGUCUCACUACAAUCCAAUAUACUGAGCAAAUUUCCAUUAAAUUCAGCACA